AGGCAACUAUCCUUAGCGAUAUAAUCUACGAGUUCCGACGAAUACAAUAUACUGUCUCUGUUCACAGGGCGAAAUAUUUUUUAAUGCUUUGUCUCAAAUUUGACAUAACUUUUCAGUCCAUGGGAAGCAGUGGAUGUGUGCGAGCACGGCACUACCCAGAGUCUUUACUGUUGCUGGUAGCUAACGUUAGCUGCCCGAAACAACGGCUGAUUUAAGGAGAGUGGCUAGCUGUUAGUUCUAUAUCUGGAGACGUCUGACCCAAUGAACUCCAGGGAAAUCUCUUCAGAUAGAAGGCUACAUCAGUUCAUUCAACAAUGAAAGGUGGACCUUGGAAAACAAGAAAAAGAAAACUUAAAAAGACGCAAGCAGAGGAUGUCACCCCUGACGCAACUCCAUCUCAAGCCACAGACAAGUCAAAUACAGCACCAGCCGUCGUCAGCCAGUCCACUGCGAGUUCCAUACCAAGUACACCAAAAAGAGGCAGGGGGCAAACAAGAUGGGCAAAAAGAGCCUGUCUGACCUCCACACCAGUUCAUAGCUCCUCCACUGACAUCCUACCCCACAUUUCAGAGUCCGCUCCUGGAGCAAAACAAGUGGGGCUUGAACACACUGAAGUCAUUUCUCAGUUAAAGGCAUCAGAAGUGGAUUCGCAAAGUACUAGAUCAACAUCUCAAAGCAGACGUAGGAGUAGUCAUGUUUCACAACCACGACAAAUUAGAAGAAGGAUGGCAAAGAUGAAAACACAGGCUUGCAGUAAAACCAACGGUUCACCAGCCAAGUGUAGGCGUGGCAGGACACGAAAGAUCGAGACAGGGGCUACCGCUGCUCAGUCACCUAAACGCUCCAGACCAAGAUUUGAACUGGAGAAGCCUAAUGCAGUAGAGCAAGAAGAGUCUUUGCUGUCUUCAGAUCUGUCAAUAGAGCUGAGUCACCAUGAGGAGCAGCUGCCGUCUUUGUCCUUCCAGGAAGAUGAGGAAAGCGAUGAUGCAGAGGAUGAGCUACCAAGUUUCUUGAUGCAGGUGGACAAAAAGCCCCCUGCCAUUACAGAAGGAGUGUUUGUGUGGCAUAAAUUUAGACAUUAUCCAUUCUGGCCUGCACUGGUAAAAAGUGUGAACCGUAAACAGAAAAAGGCCAGCAUCAUGUUCAUUGAUGACCCAGUGAUUCACAAAAAGAAAGGGUUUACUGUGGCUCUGAAAACCCUGAAGCCUUUUGACUGUGAAGAAGCUAACGAGCUGGUGUGUAAAGCCAAAGAAAAGUACGAUGCUGCAAUUGAGUGGUCCUUGGAGCUGAUAACAGACUACAGAAUACGGAUUGCAUGUGGCUCAUUUUCCGGCUCUUUCAUCGAGUACUUUGCUCACGACAUGAGCUAUCCAGUGAGGAGGAAGUACCCACAGGCAGCCUCAGAGCAACUAACUAUCGCCAGUGAUGUAAUGAUGGAGGCGCCUGGCGACGAUCACAAACAGGACAGCUUUAGUGAACAGCAGGAUGACGUCUGCAGGAGUUCAAAGAGGCUCCUGCCAGACCGGAGUCAUGCAGCCCACAACCGGGCUAAUGAGAAGCUCGUACAUUUCAUUGUGAAGCAGCGCAUGGUGGAAGGACGCCUUCUGGCUGUGAUCCGUGGGCAGCAGCAGUCCAGAUGGCUUCGCUCCUUUAUGAGUGCCAAUCGGAGACGUGUGGUGAACAUUUACCUGGAAGAUGACCAGCAGCUGGACCAGGUCUACUGGUACCUGAGUGAGCUCUACACAACAGCCGUGGCUACUGCCCCUUGCCUGACUGUGGUGAAAUCCAUGGAGCGUGUCCCCUUUGUUCUGGAUGUACUUCUCCCUGAGGCCAUCAUCUAUGCCAUAGCUGGGGUGGACAAUGUCUCAGUAAAAAAGGCAGAAGAAAAGUACCUGAAAGGACGAUGUAUCAGUAACAGAGAAAGACAAGAGUUUGACUUGAUGAUUGAGCGACAAAUGAGGAAAAAGUCACAGUCCCAAAACACUGCACUUGCACUCUGAAGCCAAACUUUAGCAAACAAUAUUGUUGUCAAAAAGAAAACUAUUUUUGUAUGUCUUUUUUUUCAGUUUUUGUAUAAAUAAUGUAGCUUUUAUGUGCCUUACAGUCUGUGAUAAAUCAUGUCACCAUCACAGUA